UUGCCGCUGGAGAAAAAAUCCCCUGGGAAACCGCCGCCAACCACCGCUGCAGUGCCUGAAGCUCCCAACGCCUGCUAGCCUCCAGGUCCGCACCACCACCCACUUUCAUCCCACCGCCAAUCUCCUAGCCACCUUUCCACUUCUUCUCUUCAUCCCUCCCCCUUCUCUUCCCCUUGCCAUACUUUUUCUCGUCUUUGAAUAGACAACAGAAUCCUUCCUAAACACCAUCAAUUCGUCGUCAAUUCCCUAUACCCUACAUCACUUUGCCAGAUCCAACCCCCACCAUGGCUCACACCGACGUUGAUGUCCUCGUUAUUGGCAUGGGACCUACUGGUCUCGGUGCUGCCAAGCGCCUCAACCACAUUAACGGCCCUUCGUGGUUGAUUGUCGAUUCUUCCGACAAGGCUGGUGGUCUUGCUAGCACUGACGUUACGCCCGAGGGCUUCCUCUACGAUGUUGGCGGCCACGUUAUCUUCUCCCACUACAAGUACUUCGAUGACUGCAUUGACGAGGCCCUCCCCAAAGACGAUGAUUGGUACACUCACCAGCGCAUCUCCUACGUCCGUUACAAGGGCCUCUGGGUCCCCUACCCUUUCCAGAACAACAUCUCCAUGCUUCCCAAGGAGGACCAAGUGAAGUGUAUUGACGGUGUCAUUGACGCUGCCCUCGAGGCCCGCGUUGCCAACACAAAGCCCAAGAACUUCGACGAAUGGAUCCUUCGCAACACUGGUGUUGGUAUUGCUGACAUCUUCAUGCGCCCUUACAACUUCAAGGUGUGGGCUGUUCCCCCUGAGAAGAUGCAGUGUGCUUGGCUCGGUGAGCGUGUUGCCGCUCCUGAUGUCAAGGCUGUCACUCGCAAUGUUAUCCUCAACAAGGUUGCUGGUAACUGGGGUCCCAACGCUACCUUCCGCUUCCCUGCCCGUGAUGGUACCGGUGGUAUCUGGAUUGCUGUCGCCGAGACCAUCCCCAAGGAGAAGAAGCGCUUCGGCAAGCAGGGUGAGGUCACCAAGGUCGAUGCCGAGAAGAAGGUUGUUAGCUUCGCUGAUGGCAGCACCAUUGGCUACAACAAGCUGAUCAACACCAUGGCUGUUGACCAUUUGGCUGAGAAGAUGGGCAACCAGGAGCUCAUCAGCCUGACCAAGGGUCUCUACUACUCCACAACUCACGUCAUCGGUGUUGGUCUCCGUGGCGAGCGCCCCGAGCGCAUUGGUGACAAGUGCUGGUUGUACUUCCCUGAGGAUAACUGCAACUUCUACCGUGCCACCAUCUUCUCCAACUACUCUCCUUACAACCAGCCUCAGAAGGAUGUCAAGCUGCCUACACUCUACCUCGCCAACGGCGACAAGGCACCUUCGUCAGAGCCUAAGGAGGGUCCUUACUGGUCCAUCAUGCUUGAGGUUUCUCAGUCCACCAUGAAGCCUGUCGAUGUUGAGAACAUCCUCAAGGACAGCAUCCAGGGUCUCAUCAACACUGAGAUGAUCAAGCCCGAGGACGAAAUCAUCUCUACCUACCACCGCGCUUUCGACCACGGUUACCCCACCCCCAGCCUUGAGCGUGAAGGUGUCCUGCAGGAGCUUCUUCCCAAGCUCCAGGAUAUGGACAUCUACUCCCGUGGCCGUUUCGGCAGCUGGAGAUACGAAGUUGGUAACCAGGAUCACUCCUUCAUGCUCGGUGUCGAGGCUGUAGAUGCCAUUGUCCAGGGCGCUGUCGAGCUCACCCUCAACUACCCCGACUUUGUCAACGGCCGCAAGAACACUGAGCGCCGUCUGGCCACUAGCUUCAACUACAGCGCCAGCACCAACGGCAUCACUGAGCUUCCUACUCGCGAGCGUGCCAGCUCCAAGGUUACCGCCAACGGUAGCCACAGCCGCAAGUCCUCCAAGCAGAUCAAAUAAGCCUUUUAAGACUCGGCAUUGGUCAAAGCCACUGGCCGAUGCCGACUAUGUGGGCUGUAUAAGUGAGCGAACGAACUUCCUAUCCUAGCUUAAAUUGUAGCUUUGAGGACAUGUUUUUUUCACUUGUAGCAUUUCUGGUACAAAAUAUAAAAGCGACGGAUGCAUGAUUGAUUUGAUUUAGAGCGAGGAAGCACCCUGUCACCGCCAAUUGGCAAAGAUGAAGCGCUCUUGGACGGAUGGGAACCUCAAUGACGUACAGCUUAGAAACCGGUAGCUAAGAAAAUGUAUACCGAACCAAAGAAUGGCUUAAUAGAAUUUAUUUUGACUCAUA